AUAUAAACUUAUCUCAGACGUUGCAAAAAUCCUCAGUAUAGUAUUGAUAUAUGUUAUACGAAUAUUAGUUAGAAUGAAGUGGAAUCAUUCAUCAUAGAUUGAAGAGUCCCCAUCCAUCUGAAGAAGAAAAUACAAUAUGCUCGUCAAAUUUUCACUUCUGUUAUUAGGAUGUAUUUUCAUUUGUACUUCCAGUGGAGAGAAUGUUGAUGAUUUGAUCGUUGAAUUGGUGGAGCCCAAAGGCAAAAUUCGAGGCCAUGUAUUAGCAAGUGCAACAGGACGAAAAUACUAUGCCUUCCAAGAAAUUCCCUAUGGAGAGCCACCAGUUGGAGAAAAUAGAUUCAGACCUCCAAAGUCCCACAAUGGUUGGGAUGGAAUACUGGAUUGUACUAACAACAGAAAGAUUUGUUAUCAGUUUGAAUUUCCUAUGACUCCUAUCGGAAUUGACCACCAGAAAUCGAUGGAAAAUACGAAAGACACCGAGGUGGAAGAAUCUGAAGACUGCCUGUAUCUAAACGUCUACACUCCAGCGAAACCUGGAUCGACUGACACUCUAUCAGUGUACCUUUUCAUUCAUGGUGGCGCAUUUGCAACUGGAGAUGGAACAUUUGCUAGUUUAGGACCAAAAUAUCUCAUAGAUGGAGACAUAGUCAUAGUAACUAUGAACUACCGACUAGGACCUUUUGGCUUUCUUUCGACCGGUACCGACGAAAUAUCUGGAAAUAUGGGCCUAAAAGAUCAACAUCUCGCUUUGGAAUGGACUUACAAAAAUAUUCAUCUUUUUGGUGGAAAUCCUCAAGACAUUGUUCUGGGAGGGGAGAGUGCUGGAGCUUAUGCUGCUGGAUACCAUUUACUCAGUCCAAAAUCUAAGGGACUAGUAAGCGGAUUCAUUCAACAGAGCGGUUCUAAUAUUGGGGUUGCUGCAUUCUUGUCACAUCCAAGACAGUAUGCAUUUGAACUGGGGAGAGCUUUGGGAUCCAUGGAUUCAGAAAGCACUGAUCAACUUGUUAUUGCUUUGAAGAACGCAUCAGCUGAACAGAUUGUGAAGGCAUCUGUUUCGGUUCACCACCCUGAACCUUUAGGUUUCAUCGCCAGUAUAAUCUGGGAACCAGUCAUAGAAGACGAAUAUGCCUAUCAAGCCAUGGUUACUUCUCCUAUGCACCAAGAAAUGAUGCUGGGGAACUUCAACCAAGUGCCUUGUCUUCUUGGUUUCAAUUCCGAAGAAUCACUUGGAUUCAUGUCGCCUGAUGAAUCUGUAUUGAAAAGGGUCGCUGCUUUUUAUGAUAAGAACCCCAGUAUGCUGAUCGAGUCGGUUCUGAAUGUCGAGAAUAAAACAUUGGCAGGAGAAAAACUCAGAAGAGUUUAUACUGCUUCAACCUUCGAGGAAGACUUAGGAGCAUUCAUAAAAUUCACAAGUGAUGUAAGCUUCAUACGUGCUACCAUUCGUCAAGCAGAGCUCACAUCCAAACAUGUUCCAGUGUAUUUGUAUCAGUUGUCAGCAGCCAACAACAUCAACCAUAAAUAUCCAGGUGUUUCACAUUUUCUCGACAUGAGGUACCUUUGGGAUAUGCCUCCUUUCGCACCAGAUACGUCACCAAUCGAUGAGGUAGUCAGAGAAAUUGUGCUUAGGUUGUGGUGGAACUUUAUCAAGUACAAAAAUCCUACACCUGAACGAGAUCCAGUUCUACAGAAUAUUGAAUGGCCAACAGUUGGAAUAGAAAACAUAAGAUAUCUGAAUUUGAACAAAAGUAUGAGUAUAGAGACGAAUCCAAGGAAUUAUAAUAAUUUGAGGGAUGUUUUGCUCGAGUAUAUGAGACCUCCAUUUUAUGUUUUCUAAAAGAGUCUUACUAAAAAAUGUAUUCUUUUUCAAUAAAUGAUGAAACACUAUUUUUGUUGAAUCUCAG